GGCUGCUAGCCGUCUGCUCGUCCAGCCCGCGCCACGCCCGCACAGCGCAACCCGCUACACCUACCGGCUGAUGAAUUGAUUCUUACCGGAAGUGAUGGGUUAUUCGUAAUGCACUGAAAACGUCAGAUGCGCAUGCGUUGAUAAUAUUGACAUUCCAUCAGACGACUUAAAAGAAGGAAAGCCGUUGUGUUGUGGUUUUGUUUUCGAUGGAACUCACUUGAGUGUCGUCUGCUGCGUGCUCUCGUGUGUGACUGGGGUCACUGUCGCCCAAUGCAAUACAGCGUCCAGCGUAGCCAGAGUGUGAGUACUUCCUAUGACGUCACUGUUGCUGGUGACAACGAUGUCGUCAAGCGAAUCCUCGCGGGUGUUGGCCGCUACGUCAUCAAUGUCCCCAUUCGACCUGCUGACGUCAGCUCCCGCUAGAGACCUGGACGCCGACAUCCGGGACUUCUGGUCCUCCUUCCCCUGCCCGCCCCCGUGGAAGCCACGUCUGCUGAUCGAGGUCAACUCAUCUCGUCUGCUGCCUCACAUCAGGAACGUCCAGACGUUUUUGGCGGGAAAAUGCGAGAUUAAACACAUCCUUUUCCCGUCUGAUGUUGACCCGAACCUCGGCCCCCAGCGCGGGAACGCUGACGUAGACUUCCGGCUUACUGAGGCCCCAGACCACGGGUCACCGCUGGGUGACCUCGCGACGUCCGAGCACACGUGGUGUGACGUGCCCUGCCAACUGUCCAUUGGGAGCGCCAUCUUUUUUGUCGUGGUCGUCAUGCUGGUGGCCAUGCUCGUCUGUGUUACCAAACACCGUGUACGUCACAAGAUGGCCGCCACACGUCCUUCCCGUCAACAGCUACAGCUCAGUACGUCAACCAGCGACGCCGUCAACUGUACAGAUUUUUCUAACCUCGAGGUUCAAGGCGAUGAUGACCUUAUCUACCCACCAUUUCGCCAUCGUGGCCUUCCCAACCCACCUGCAGCCUGCCACCCCUCAUGUGAUCCCAAGUGGAACUGCCCAUCGUGCGCGUCCCGCCACCCCCUGAUGCGGCUGAGUCCAACCGACCAGUGCUACUCCAGGGCCUACUCGGCUGUCUACGAAACCAUCGAUGACGACGACGACGACGACGACGUGAAAAAAACAGACACGACGCACAACAAACCAAGGGGGAGAACCCCAUCAAAAUCAAACAGCAGGGAGUCAUACAACAGUUGCUCCCCCUGUCAGACCUCGCCCACCAGCAUCAGCACGGUACAGAUUCGCCCUCGUGCCAACGACGACAGCCGCGGCGUGCGACAGAUCGCAGAGACCGGCUUCAACGGCGAGGAGGGGGACAUCCACGCGCUGUCCCUGCUGCCCAAUUACUUUGAACUUGACCACAGCUGUGCCUUGUCCGAGCUGUCCUCCCUGGACACGUUCUGCCCGCAGCCGGCCAGGACAGCCGAGCUGGUCACGGCCUGCUGCACCAGGAACAGCCAGAUGACGUCACACCCAGCCCAGUACCCCAACCUCUCGGGGAUGGCGCUACAUUCCUUCCUGAUGACCCAGAUUCACCAGGACGUCAUACCGACCAGCGACCUCCUGCAGACGACCAAUCCCCCGGGCUGUCACCUGGAGGAACUGCGCUCACCCCCAGCUCACACACAUUCCAGGUCGCCGCACGUGAUGGCGCCCACCCCGCCCCAGCACACCAUGUUCUCGCGUGGACUUAAUGGCUACGACUACGGCCAGUCUUUGAGCGGGUACCACCCCAGCGAGAUGUUCACCAACUACAACACUAUGGACCCCACCCCCAGCCCCUUCUACUGCCCCAGCUGUGUCCACAGUCCCGUGACCGGAAGUAGCACCCACGUGACCGGUACAUCGUUGCAAGGCCCCGGGGGUCGGGACCAGGCCGGCAUCAUUGGCCCUGACCUCCUGAAGGAAGCAUCCAAUCAGAUGAUCCAGGAGCUGACUGUCCCCCAGCCUCCACAGGCACGGGAUGAGAACCACGAGGUUCCCCUGAGGAAGCCGGUUCUUGCCUUACACUCACAAUAUUUCGCCAAGACUUCAGCAGCUUAGAUCUUAAGGUCAAAGGUCGCUCAUGUUUUCUAUUUGAUUGUUCUUAUUUCCUGUAUUUCCUUGUGUUUAUAAACCAUGUUGUAUAUUGUUUGUUUAUUACUUCAUGCCGAGGUUCUCAAUGUGGACAUCCCUGACUCACCAGGUCAGUGUAAUGUCAGUUGUGAGUGAGGGUAUAUCGAAGUAGUUUAAGGGUCUGAAGCAACCUAUGGACCCUGUUUAAGGUAUUAAACCGUACGCUAACAUGCGUGUUCAGUUGACCACAUGUAGGACGGACGUUCUAAUUCACGCAGACGUUUUUAGAAUUCAAAUGUUUUCUUACCACACUGUAGCACCACUAGCAGACGACAGUUAAACCAACAGCACAAGUAGCAGACGACACCUAAACAUGUUGCACUAGGUAAGCUAUCACGUGAUCAAGGACCUGUAUGCCACUAGGAUUGUGGGAACGAAUUCAGUUAGUACAAACUCCACGGGACUCAAGCGAACCAGUCGAUGCGAUGUUCUCUUAACCAAGGGAGAUUACUGUUAGUAAAGACAAAUUUAAAGUCUCUAUGCUUGCUCGCCCUUAGACGACUUUCUGUAUAGGGUGGCAGGUGGGGUUGUGAUGUCAACAUUUGAGAACCUUUGCUUUCAUGGAAACUUGUUCAAAG